GGCGGAGGCAGACGGGGUUGCGGCGCGAAGGGCGGCGGGGCGGCCCCGGGCUGCACCCGCGGAGGGACCGUGUCGCGGCCCGCCCGCUUCCUGGUGGCCGCGCUCCGCGUCCCUGGCGGCGUCUGCCAAGACAAAAGAGUUAUGAGGGGGAAAAGAAGACAAAAAAAAAAAUCAAAAAGGCCUGAUUUUAGCUUCUCCACUUCUUGCCUUCUAUAAAAGGCUGUAUCUCACAACUGGAAAUUCACGGAAUCCUCCUAUCAUAAAAAUGUAGGAAGACUUGGCCAGACGAGUUACCUAAGGUAACUUAAAUUGCAUCUUUCUGUACCCAAAGAUACAAUUGAAAAGGUAUCAGAAGUAACUUUAAACUAGUCAGCUUUGGUUAAAAUUGCUGUUAAGAAGUAACAGCACACUGUUUCAUAUGGUCAGCGGAAUCAAGCAGGAAUCUACAAAAUCUGUCAGGGAAUUUGGGUAGACAUUCAUCUGCUGGUUUCCAGGGAGGUUUGUGCUGCUAUAGGGAUGCUGUUACCCCUACCUGAAGCUACUCCGUUUAAAACAUUUGUGCCUACAUCAAGUACGCCCACACUUCUGGCCUCAGUUUAGACACGGAACUGUCUCUCAAGUUAACUCAUCCUGGUUGGAGCAAGGCAUUUGGUAGUUUUCACCUCAAUCAACUGUUUGGAUUUAGAACUGUGUGGGUGCCUAAUUUUAACACAGUAUGUUAACUCCUGUGAAAAUGUCCUCAUGAGAUUCUAGUUUGAGGCAGUCUGGGUUUUUUCCAGUCCCUAGUGCAUGUAAAAGUGAAGACCAAGCUGGACAGAAAGAGGACAGGAUAAAUGGUGAGCUGUUAAAUCUGAAUUCCACCCUGUUGUUAUUGCCAGUGCGUCAGAGAGGCUCAUCCCAUGGUGUCUGACAGAAGGACUGCAGGGUGAAUGCCCCUUCACAAUCUGUCUCCUCCCUUUCAGGAUCAGCUGGGGGAUUAAGAGGUUGUGAAUUGGAGUCGUUCUGUUAAAUUGAGUGUACAGUAGAAAUAAUUCUGCCUUUAGCUUUAACACAGUUGUCACGUAGGGGUGAACGCUAUAGAAUUAUGCAGUUUCAGGCAACUUACUCUUUUUUGGGUCCUGACAGUGAGUUUGUUUGCCUAAUGUAGUGUAUAUUUAGCCAAUGCUGGCCUCAUCUAUAUUUAGCUGCUCUAAUAAAUCCUGCCUUUUCCUGUAAAUCUUGCCUGGUAUAUACAGGGGCAACCCUGGAGAGGCAAGGUAGACUGUGCCAGCAAAACUCUGGUGGUCGGCUAAAACGUGAAUCUAAAACAAGCAUUUCUGCUUCUGUGGUCUGAUGAAAGAUCACACCUCCUCAUGCAUCUAACAUAGCUAGUGCAGCAGAGGUAUGCAAUAGAGGUCACGCCUACUGUACUUUACACCUAUUUUAUCCACUGUAAGCUUAUUUAGCGGCUGUUCAAAGUCACUGGUGUGUCCUAGUUUAACCCCAGCCGGCACCUAAGGACCAGGCAGCCGUUUCCUCCCCUCCACCCAUCCUGGUUUAAUGGGGAGGAGAAUCAAAAGUACUACUUGACGGUUGAUAUAGGAACAAUUUAGUAACUGAAACAAAAUAAAUAGCAUAAUUAUUGUUUUUGGUCUUGCCUUCUUCAUCUGCCCUAGUUGAAAAAUAGGUGUUGCCUAAAAGACCAAAUGAGCCUAAGCAUAAUUUAGAGUAAGUGUGGAAAUUAUUCAAAUACUCCCAUGAGAAAAAACCUUAUGAACUAGCAGUGUAGAGAUCCCUCUUCAGGAUAUGUGACAUCAAUGUACAGUGAGGGAAAGUGAUCUUCUAAGUAAAAAAAUAAUUUAGAAUAAAACAGUAUUUUAUAUAUGGCCUGAAAGCUGAGAGACAGUAAGUGUGAAACUCUUAAGUACAAUCUUGUUAGGCUUCUAAUGGAAGCAUGUCUUUUCCACAUAGAUAAAAUUCUGGACUAAAUUCAAAUUGUAAUUGUAUAUAAUAGAGCUUUGUAGCAAACUGGCCUCGGACUGAAAAAAAAAAGCAUAACUUACGAUUGUUAUUUCCACUCCAAAAUAAAUAGCAGCAGUUUCAUGACAAGACAUAUAUGAAAAAAUUAUUGUCCAUUGGCUGUUCCCAGUACAAAAAUAAUGAAUAAAAUUAAUAAAAUGAUUCAGUUAGAAGAUAAUGAGGCAAAAGAGACAUUUCCUGUUGACUUCAGUCAGUGCUGUCAAGUCUGUGUUUCAAAUUUUCCCAUUCAUUGUUUCUUUUCUUGCUAUGUAAAGGAUGUCAUCCAGCUGCACGUCUUAACUGAAAAUAGGUAACUAUGGAAAAUUACUGGCUUAACUCUGACCUAAUCGCACAAAUGCAUACAUCCCCCUAUGUUACUCCUAACUUUUUAUUACAGUGACUAUAAAAAGAUAUAGAAGUGCUGCCGUCUGUGUUGGACAAGUGAUCUGGCACACAUGCCUAAAAAAAAAGGAACUGUUUUAUUCUGUGUAUUUUCUUGGUUAGUUGAAACCAGUUUUGGUUUUAAUCCAGUUAUAAGCAUUGAAUCCUGAAUUUUUAACACUAAGGUAGUUAUUUUAUUGCAUUUUCUCUGUUCUUUUAACAAUGACAUAGUUAUCCUUUUACCUUGACUGAGGGGGAACCCUGUCCUCAGCUGAGAAUAUACCAGUACUCUCUGAGAGUAAGUCCUUGUUGUUUAACUUACUGUAUGUGGACAAUACAGAAUUUAGAAUAUUACUGGCCAACUGAUCAGGCUGUUCAAAGGCUAGAAUUUGCUUUAUGUUUAUCUGAAGUGCAGGUGAUUUCCCCUGUCAUGUGAAUAUGCAAUUAAUCAGCAAUUUUUUUACUAUGUCACUGAUAGUAUUAAAUAUUAAACUCUCCACAUGCUUAAUACAGUUGAUACAUUGUGUACCAUGUUGGCAAUCAAAUCAGGUGUUACUAAGCCUUGAAGAAGUCUCACCCAACCGUAUAAUUUGUAUUAUAUCUCUCCAUUAUUAUACCUUAUAUUACCUUUCUUCAUUCAUAGGUAAUCAUGUUCCAUGUAAACAAUUGUACUACUUUUCAAGCCUCCAUACUUACAGUUCUCCAGGUGGUCUAAUACAGGCCCUAGGAAAACAGUGUUUGUUUUGUCUGUGAAUAUCACUGUAAUUCAGUGACUUUGCAAGCCUUAGUUUAAAAUUGUCCUUCUUGAUCCAUAUGUGGGGAUGAAUACCCUCUUCUGAAAUUGCUACAUUUGCUGUUGUGUAUAUUAUCAUAUAAAUUAGGUUUCUGUUUUUGUUUCCCUUUAGACAAAAUAAAACAUUAGUCACGGAUGAAGUACCUGUCUUCUUAAAGGUCAUUCUCCCAACGACUGUUAAGACUGUGGCCUAAAUAUUCUUGUUUCCUUUUCUCAUAUUUAUUUUUAUUGCUUGUGAAAUGCUAGCUCCCUGUUACCCAGUUUGUGUUUAUAGUAUAUUAGUAUCAUUAGACUAUACCUAGUCUAAGAAAAUGUACAACUUAUGCUGAAAACUGACCUUGUAAAACAGACUUGCAGCCAUUAAGCUGUAUGUUUUUUUAAGCUAACUUGACUACCAGAAAUACAUAUUUUCCACUUACCACAGCUAUAGCAAAGGUAGCUAUGGGCCAAAUUUAACUUUCAGUAAUCAAUUUCUUACUGUUUUAAUGCAGAUUUGAAUGAUUUCUUCUGUGUCUGAGAGAAGUUAUGUUUUGAGGAAAAAUAUGGCUUUCAUACUAGAAAAGAAAAAACAAGCAGAAGUUGGAAGAAUUCUUGUGUUUCAGUGCUGCCUUCUUUUGUGUGAUCCAUAUGAAGGAGUAUAGAGCAAAAGGCCUUUUAAUGCCUCUGAGCUUAAAGUGAGCUCCUACGCUGUUGUAGACUGUGAUCAAGCAAGAAAGGAAGUCAGUGUCCGCACUGGAGGAAUGACAGAUAAGUCAUCAAGAAAGACGUACACAUUUGAUAUGGUUUUUGGAGCACAGGCAAAGCAGAUUGAUGUAUACCGGAGUGUUGUGUGUCCCAUUUUGGAUGAAGUUAUUAUGGGCUACAACUGUACAGUGUUUGCUUAUGGCCAAACUGGUACUGGUAAGACCUUCACAAUGGAAGGGGAGCGGUCACCCAAUGAAGAAUAUACUUGGGAAGAGGAUCCCCUAGCAGGUAUCAUACCCCGUACAUUGCAUCAAAUAUUUGAAAAACUCACAGAGAAUGGUACCGAAUUUUCAGUGAAAGUCUCUCUUUUGGAAAUCUAUAAUGAGGAGCUUUUUGAUCUUCUGAAUCCUACUCCUGAUGUUGGAGAAAGACUGCAGAUGUUUGAUGAUCCUCGAAACAAGAGGGGUGUAAUUAUUAAAGGCUUGGAAGAAGUAACUGUACACAACAAAAAUCAAGUUUACCAAAUCCUGGAAAGGGGUGCAGCCAAAAGAACAACUGCAGCUACUUACAUGAAUGCAUAUUCCAGCCGUUCCCACUCUGUGUUUUCAAUUACCAUCCAUAUGAAAGAAACAACGGUGGAUGGAGAAGAACUUGUUAAAAUUGGAAAGCUAAACUUGGUUGAUCUUGCAGGAAGUGAAAACAUUGGUCGAUCUGGGGCUGUUGACAAAAGAGCUCGUGAAGCUGGAAAUAUCAACCAAUCUCUGCUGACACUAGGAAGAGUUAUUACUGCUCUAGUGGAAAGGGCCCCUCAUAUUCCAUACAGGGAAUCUAAACUCACAAGAAUUCUUCAAGACUCUCUUGGAGGACGGACAAAAACAUCAAUAAUUGCUACAAUUUCGCCUGCAUCUAUAAAUCUUGAGGAAACAUUGAGUACACUGGAAUAUGCCCAUAGAGCAAAGAAUAUCAUGAACAAGCCUGAAGUUAAUCAGAAGCUAACAAAAAAAGCUCUUAUUAAGGAAUACACUGAAGAGAUUGAGCGUCUGAAGCGAGACCUUGCUGCUGCUCGAGAAAAAAAUGGAAUCUAUAUUUCUGUUGAAAACUAUGAAGCCCUUAAUGGAAAGCUGACUGUUCAGGAAGAACAAAUUACAGAGUAUAUUGACAAAAUCAGUGUCAUGGAAGAAGAAAUGAAAAAGGUCGCUGAACUAUUCAGAGUCAGUAAAAAUGAACUUGAACAGUGUAAAACAGAUUUGCAGAUAAAGGAGAAAGAAUUGGAAGAAACACAAAAAGAUCUGCAAGAAACCAAGGUUCAGCUGGCUGAAGAGGAAUAUGUGGUUUCAGUUUUGGAAAAUACUGAACGAAAGCUUCAUGGCACAGCUAUCAAGUUACUAAGUACAGUUGAAGAAAGUACAAGAGAUGUGUAUGGGCUCCAUGCGAAACUGGACCGUAAGAAGGCUGUUGAUCAGCACAAUGCUGUUGUCCAAAAUACAUUUGCAGGACAAAUGAAUGCUUCGUUCAGCAAAAUACAAGAUGCAAUUACUGAAAACAGUUUGAAGCAGCAACAGAUGUUGACAUAUUACACAAAUUUUAUUGGUGACCUCCUGUCUACCAGUUCUUCUACGGCAGAUAUUCUUGCAUCAGUUGUAUCAGCAUCUUUUGCCUCUCUUAAAGAAUUGGUGUCUACUGAAGUUUCUCACAUGUCUGAAAAAGUAACACAGCAUGAGAAUCUAUCACUUGAUUGUAAAGCGGAGCUGCUGAGAUUAAUUAAGGAGCAUGAAACUGGGUUAGGAAGAGCAGUAAAUAGCUUGGCACCAGUGGUAGAAUUUGUCUUGGGGUUAAACUGUCAGUUCCAGAGUAACAUGAAGAAAUAUUCUGCUGUGGCUGACCAGAUGGAGUGCCAUAAAAAGGAAAUGGAUACCUUCUUUGAAGAUCUUUUUCUCACUCUGAAAACAAUACAGGAACAAACAGCCAGUGGCUUUGCUCAGCUCCAGCAUAAUUGUGACAGUUUAAAAGAAGAAGUGGAAAUGAUGAGGUUGGCACAUAGAAAGAGUGCAGCUGAAUUGAUGUCUUCACUGCAAAGCCAGCUUGACCUUUUUGCUCAGGAGACUCAGAAAAGCUUAACUGAUGUACUCACCAGAAAUGGAAGCCUGAAGACCACCAUCACUGCUGUGCAAGAAAAUGUUCACCUGAAAACUACAGACUUAGUCAGCAGUACAAAUGCCAAUCAUGGCAAAUUUACUGCAUCUCUGGAUAAUUUCUCUCAAGAGCUCAGGAGCAUAAAUGCUGAAAACAAGACAAUGCUGGAAGAAUCCAACGACCACUGCCAACAUCUUCUCAGCAAUCUCAAAAAUGUGUCUCAGCAAACCAGUACAUGGGGUGAAUUUACAACUGCUCAGAUGGUCAACUUUACUAAUCAGCAACUGUUGUCAUUCAGUGAUGAGAAACAACAAUUUGAGUAUUUACAAAAGAAAAAUGAAGAGAACUGCGAUAAAGCAAUAGCUGAAAUUGCUGACCACAUUGGCAGACAAAAGGCUGCUGAGGGGAAAGUGCUAAAUGGCCUUCUGGGUCAGAUAAAGGUGGAUCAGGAGAUACUUGUGGAGCAGAAGCUGGCACUUCAGGAAGAAGUACAGCGUGGACUAACUCAGGUUGAUGGUUUCCUGCAAGAGGAUCUCAAAGUGGAUGUUCCAACAGGGACAACUCCACAGAGAAAAGACUACUUCUAUCCUGUCACACUUGUGAGAACAGAACCCCGGGAACUACUUCUGGAGCAACUAAGGCAAAAGCAAUCAAAUCUUGAUGCUAUGCUAAGCAGUGUGGUAAAGGAGACGGAGGAUAAUGCAGGUCAGGAUGUGCUGGAAGAGGAAGGAGAGUUGCGAGAACCCAGUGAAAGCCUUGUUUGUGACAAAUACUUAAUGGAUACAAAUGUAUAUUGCCACACAAAUGGUGGCAUUCCUUUUUUCCAGCACAAAAGAAGUCUCAAAAAGGGUAAAGAGAACAAAUCUGCAGCUCCAGUGGAGAACAAAAUGGAGGAUAUGACAGAAGAGUUUCUUCAGAAAUCUAAGCAUCCUUUAAGAUUGCUGAACUAAGAUAUAUCCUCUGCUGAUCCCUGUUUUUAGAUAUUUCUAUCUUACUGUCUUACUGAGCCACAACUUUUUUUUGGUAUUCUCAGUGUCUCUAUGUAGUGAUACAGUGAUGCAAAAUUGAAUCAAAAUAUUUGCUUACUCAAUCUCAUGCCUUGGUUCUAUUUUUAUAUGUUGCAGCUUGUGAAGUUUUAAGGAAAAAACCCUGCAGGUUAUGGUGCUGUUGUGUUAAAAAUAUAUAUAUAUAUAUGUGGUCAAGUAAGAAAUUUUCUGUUUCUCAGUAGAUCUAAAAUACCAGAAAGGGAUGUGGAAAUAUGCUUUGUCAGCAUUCAGUUACCAUUUUAUGUAUUCAUUAGCUGUAAAUAAGUGUUCUGGUUUUAUACCUGCUUUUUAUUCCCGUUUCUGUUUUCGCUGUGAUAAUUCAAAUAAAUUAAUACAUGGAAAACAAA